UUAAAGUAUGCCUGGUUUAGAAAAAUAAUUGCCUAACCGAAUUAGCAAAUGUUAAGUAUUAGCUAAAGCUAGCCUUUUAACAUGUAGCAUAUCAAGACAUAUAUUAUCUCAUGUAUGCAGUUAGAAGAAGGAUUCUGGCUCAUCUAUCCACACUGAUCUCCAUGUUAUGCAUCUUAUCCACGAGUAAAGACGAGUAAACCACUAGGAUGGAUUUCAACGAGGAAAAUAUGACACCAAAGGACAUGCUUGAGAAAAUAGCUGAGCUGGACUACAGUCAAAGCCAGCUUAGGGACAUGAACUCUGUGAUGAGGGACUGGCUGGAUGUUGCAGAGGAUGAAGUUGCAAUGCUGCGCUCAGAGAACGUUGCCCUCAGAAAACAAGUGAAAGUCCAAGAGAAGCUCAUCAGUGAACCACAGCAGGUUGAAGCAGAGUCUGACAGCUUCGUACUAACCGAUGCCCUGGAUGUAAGAAGGCACACUGAAACAAAGAUUCAGGAAUUGGAGGAGGAAUCCACCAUGCUGAAGGAACAAAAUAAGACACUAACAUCAGAGAUCAAAAUAAUUCAGGAAGAAAGAGAACAGGACAAAAUCAGCCUGGGCAAGUUACAGGUUGCGUUAAAAACCCUCGAGUUUGACAUGGAGGUGGCUCAGGUUGAGCUACAGCACAAGGAUGGAGAUAUUUAUCAGAAAGAUCUAAAACUGAAGCAUUUGGAGGAAACGGUAGAGGAGUGUUCCAACAUCAUAAAAGAUCUCAGGCAGACAAAUCAGGAGCUGAGGGAGCAGUUGGAGGACAGACAGGACGAGGCCUUACUGUCUGCUCUGAAUGAUCUGACUGAAGAAUCGGAAAUAUCACCUAGUCCCUCUCUGUCCAUCUUAGAGGAAAUUAAGAUGCUGACCACAUCAGAUGAAGGGAAAACAUGCAUUUUAGACUCCAACCAUUUAAAAACUGAAGAACAUGAGGCUGAGGAGGUACUGAAACCCCAGAGUCCCACAGUUGACCUGCAGAACGAAAGGUGGACAGGUACUUCAAACACAGGAGUCCAGGGAACAAGACUGUUUCUGAUCUGCAUCUCCAUUCUCGCUUUUUUCCUCUUUGUGGCUAUGGAAAUUAUCUCCGAAAACUGCCCUUUGUUUUCCAUCUGCACCUUCUGGACCAGUGCACAGAUGAUGUUACUGCCCUACUGCAGUGUGCACUAUAGUGACUUACCUCCUAUUUGACAAU